GUCAACGAUGACGCAGUCUUCACUAACUACCAGACCAGACUUUAUCUCACAUCUCAGCUCCAGACUCUCGCAACGAGCUCAUACCUCAGCAUUGCAACAGCUCCAUCAUGGCCUCCAACCCCCCCGCCAGAUGCUGCACCGUCGGCGCCAAGCACGAGGGCUCCCCCUCGGGCAAAAUAGUCAAGGUCGACUCUUGGGACGCCUACCUCGCCGUCCCAGACUCCCCUCGCAAGGAUGUCGCCAUUCUCAUGCUCCCUGAUGUCAUCGGCAUCUGGCAAAACAGCCAGCUGCUCGCCGACCAGUACGCCGCCAACGGCUACACCACCAUGAUCCUGGACAUCUACAACGGCGACCCCCUGUCCCUCAACCGCCCCGAGGACUUUGACUUUGCCGCCUGGAAGGACAAGGGCUCCGACGGCAAGAACCCCCACACCCCCGCUGCCGUCGACCCCAUCGUCGAGGCCGCCGUCAAGCAGCUCAAGACCGAGCACGGCGUGAAGCGCUUGGGGGCUGUUGGCGUCUGCUUUGGCGCCAAGUACGUCUGCCGCCACUUCAAGUCCGGCAUCGACGUCGGCUUCCUGUGCCACCCCUCGUUUGUCGACGAGGAGGAGCUUGAGGCUGUCGGGCCGGUCGGCAUCGCCGCCGCCGAGACCGACUCCAUCUUUCCCGCUGACAAGCGCCACCGCUCCGAGGAGAUUCUCAAAAAGACGGGCCAGCCCUACCAGAUCUCGCUGUACUCUGGGGUCGUCCACGGCUUUACCGUGCGUGGCAACAUGUCCAACAAGGUCGAGCGGUACGCCAAGGAGGCGGCCUUUCAUCAGGCCGUGCAGUGGUUUGACGCAUGGUUGUAGGGGUGGGUGCGGCUGGUCAGCUCGUCUGCUGUUCCACCUUAAUUGUCGAAAAGCGGCGUAGGGUUAUGUUUAGGAUUCGGGUUAGUCCUAGGGUCAGGUGUGAAUGGGAUCUGGUGCGGUUUAGUGUCCGGCUGAUCACGCGCGAUGUGUCGUUUCUGCCUGGCCUGGGUUUCAGAGUACUAACAUUGUGUAUGUGAAAUGUUUGGCUGUGCUGAACGUGGAAAAGUCUUGAAAGUCGCUAAGACCAUUACGUCGCGUAAAUGUCGCCACUGCUAUUGUUAUUAUGCUAGCUGGCGAUGGCAAACCCGGUUCCAAAAAUUUAUUUCCCAUCCACUAAACUUCGCCAUACAUUUCUCCAAUUAUAACUCGACUAGUUGGAGAAUUACUCCGAGCUUUCCAGGCUAACGAUCCUGG